AUCUCUCCCACGCGAAUCAACGACCCGAGAAUCUCCACGCCCGCAUCUCCACACCCCUCGGUGCGAACACAAAUACCGCUAUACGGCACAGUACCACAGUUGCAAUACUCCCGCACACAGGCACUGCCGACAGGACACCCACCGCGGCCAAACGCCGAAGCCUGGCACCUAAUGACACUGGCGUCGUCGCACUUGAACUUGUUCUUGUCGAAGCAGAUGCCGUUGCCCUCGACGGCCUGGGCGCACGUGCAGUCGACGGUGCCGUUGCGCGUGCCGCACAUGCGGUCCCAGCCGCAGCGUGAGUCGCAGGGUGGAGAAGCGCAUACGCCGUUGAUGCAGUCUUUUCCUGCGCCGCAUUGGUUGCCGCAGCGACCGCAGUGGUUGAGGUCGUUCUUGGUGUCACGGCAGCCGCCGUCGCAAAAUUCAACCCCUGGUCCGCCGCAGAGAGGGGGCGUGGGUGUGGGCGUUGCAGAGGUU